AGCCCCCCAGCCCACCCCCGAUCAUGCCCCGCGCCCCACCCGCGAUCGCGACCCCCGAGCCCCGCGCCGCCCCGAGCGUCCGCCGCUGUCGCGUCGCCGCCGCGCGGGACGUGCAGUAAAGGCUGAGGAUCUGGGGCGCCACUGAGGAGGCUCUCGGACAUGGAGUCCAGGAUGUGGCCUGCGCUCCUGCUCUCCCACCUCCUCCCGCUCUGGCCCCUCCUGCUGCUCCCCCUGCCUGCCACCCACGGCUCUUCCUCCCCCUCCCCACGCAGCCCACCCACCCCGGCCCGGCCCCCCUGCGCCCGGGGGGGCCCCUCAGCCCCGCGCCACGUGUGCGUCUGGGAGCGGGCACCCCCGCCCAGCCGCUCCCCUCGGGUCCCCAGGUCCCGGCGGCAGAUUCUGCCCGGCACCGCGCCCCCUGCCACCCCCUCGGGCUUCGAGGAGGGGCCGCCCUCGUCCCAGUACCCCUGGGCCAUUGUCUGGGGCCCCACUGUGUCUCGAGACGACGGGGGAGACCCCAACUCGGCCAAUCCCGGCUUCCUGCCCCACGACUAUGGCUUUGCGGCCCCGCACGGGCUGGCCACCCCGCACCCCAACUCCGACUCCAUGCGGGGUGAUGGGGAUGGACUUAUCCUCGGAGAAGCGCCCGCCACGCUGCGGCCCUUCCUUUUCGGGGGCCGCGGGGAAGGUGUGGACCCCCAGCUGUACGUCACCAUCACCAUCUCCAUCAUCAUCGUGCUGGUGGCCACGGGCAUCAUCUUCAAGUUCUGCUGGGACCGCAGCCAGAAGCGGCGCAGGCCCUCGGGCCAGCAGGGCGCCCUGAGGCAGGAGGAGAGCCAGCAGCCGCUCACAGACCUGUCCCCCGCGGGGGUCACUGUGCUGGGGGCCUUCGGGGACUCGCCCACCCCCACCCCUGACCACGAGGAGCCCCGAGGUGGAUCCCGGCCCGGGCUACCCCAGCCCAAGGGGGCGCCAGCCUUCCAGUUGAACCGGAUCCCCCUGGUGAAUCUGUGACGCCCCUCCCGAGGUUGGGGUGCCGCCAAGCAGGAGGCCCAAGGG